AUGGCCUCGAGCAAGGCCUCUCGCAUAGGCGAGGAGACGCGAAUCGACAAAGUUAACGCCGAGCUCGUGACCCUGACAUACGGCACAGUAGUUGCACAAUUAUGCAAAGAUUUCGACAGCGAUUAUGCGGAAGUCAAUAAACAACUGGAUAAGAUGGGAUAUAAUAUUGGCUUACGCCUCAUCGAGGAUUAUCUUGCCAAAUCGAAUACAAUGAAGCGCUGUGCCAACUUUCGCGAGACAGCAGACAUGAUUUCUCGGGUCGGGUUCAAAAUCUUCCUAAACAUCACACCACAAGUGACGAACUGGACGGCGGAUAACAACCAAUUUUCUCUGGUAUUUGACGAGAAUCCUUUUGCCGAUUUUGUCGAGUUACCCGAUGAUGGCCGUGCCCAGGACGAGCUUUGGUACUCGAACAUUCUUUGCGGUGUUUUGAGGGGAGCGCUCGAAAUGGUGCAGAUGCAGGUCGAAGCGCACUUUAUCAGCGAUGUUUUACGAGGCAACGACACGACUGAAAUGAGGGUAUCGCUACUACGCUACAUUGAUGAUGAGCUACCACCGGAGGACGAUUAG